GGGGGAGGAGCUCUGCACUGGUAUUUGUUUUGACCAAUCAGAGUGCAAUAUGUAGAAACGGAUCGACCAAUCAAAUUACUGGAAUUGGGUCUUGUCCCGGCAUGUUCUCGUAGCGCUGUUUCUCGUCGCAUCCACGUGUACGCCGAGAUGUCUGAUUCACCUUGGAAAUGCUCCACCAGCAAUGGUGUCGACCAAAAUAACAUGUCAGCCACCAGCAAAAAAGAAAGCACUGUUCCACAAGAAGCUAAAAGGCGAAAGAAAACGAAUAAAUGGAAAAAAAUUUCACUUAAACGAAAAAGAGGAAAGAAACGACAGUUAGGAGAGCUUUUGGAAAGCAAGAUGGAGUGUGUUAAACAUGGAGAUGUUUUGGAUUCUGCGUCUGAACCGUCAACUCAUGUUCAAUUCAAAAAGCCCAGAAUAACUCUUGGUGCACUGACUAGUGAAGCUGAGUCUGCAUUACCUCUCAGUGACAGCUGGGAGGUGGACAGUGGCUUUUCGUCUGAAUUGAGUCCUCCCACUAGUGGCAGGAGUUCGCCGUCUGUGGGAAUUGACCGCUCUAAGCUUGUAGCUAUUGACUGUGAAAUGGUCGGCACUGGACCUAGGGGCAAGUGUAAUGAAGUGGCACGCUGUAGUAUAGUAAGUUAUAACGGUAGUGUUUUGUAUGAUAAGUAUAUUUUACCUCAGAAUCCCGUCACAAACUUCCGCACAAGAUGGAGUGGUAUUAGGAAACAACAUUUACAAAAGGCAGAGGAUUUUAAGGUGGCUCAGAAUGAGAUUGUCAACAUCCUCACAGGGAAGAUUAUUGUGGGCCAUGCCUUAUUUAAUGAUUUCGAGGUUCUUGACAUCUCCGUCCCAACGCAAAUGAUUAGGGAUACCUGUUACUGUGGAUUGCUGAGAAAAUUGAGCGACGCCUCCACUAAAGCCAGUAUCUCUUUGAAGAGUCUGUCUCAGAAACUUCUCAAUAGGACCAUACAGUCUGGAAGAAUGGGCCACAGCUCCGUAGAGGAUGCUUGUGCUGCCAUGGACCUGUACAAGCUGAUAGAGGACCAGUGGGAAAAAGACAUCCUUCUGUCCCAGGAUUUAGACACCGACCAUACCUCAGACCCCUACAACAACCUUGAGCACUUCAUGCAGGAUGAAUACUGGCCAGAAAGCAUAAUGGACUGCAGCCCCUAAGACCAAAAAUUAGGAUAAUGAUGCCAAACUCAAUGCUAUGAACCGUCUCUGUUGGUUAAUGUUAUUUAAACCUCAAACUUUUCUAAACGGUCAAUAAAAAAAAAUACAUGGGAAUGUUGUGAAACA